UUUCAUCCUUACAAGAAAGGCUGUUAAACUGGCCCAUCUCAGUAAGGAAGAGAGGAAGAAGAAGAUCUGUGAGGCAUAUGCCAAGGCAAUGGGGAUGGAAGAGGCUUUACAUCCCGUGCAUUAUGAAGAAAAGAACUGGAGCAUGGAGCAAUAUUCAGGGGGUUGUUACACAGCCUACUUCCCACCAGGCAUAAUGUAUUCUUAUGGAAGGAUCAUUCGUCAGCCCAUUGACAGAAUCUACUUUGCUGGCACGGAGACAGCUACCCAAUGGAGUGGAUACAUGGAGGGGGCUGUACAGGCAGGAGAGCGAGCAGCCAGAGAGAUAUUACACAGGAUGGGGAGGAUCUCAGAGAAUGAAAUUUGGAUGCCAGAGCCAGAGUCAAAGGAUGUCCCAGCCCGACCGUUCACCACCAGCUUCUGGGAGAGGAACCUGCCGUCCGUGCCAGGACUGCUGUGCCUGCUUAGCUCUACUGUGUGUUUCACCUCUGUUGCUGCUGCGGGGCUGUUUGCCUAUAAAAAGGGACUACUAAUUCGAAACUAGUGGGGAUCAGUCGUCCAGUGGAAGCUGCAUACUCCCUCUUCUUCUUCUCUUUUACCAGAUGAGUGUUAUUUUUGGAGACAAGUGGCAUGGACAGCUGGAAAGGGCAAAAGUUGUUCUCCUUGUGAUUUUUCUUUUUAGUACCAUAAUUAAUGCAUCAAAUCUACUGCAGUUGCUACCAGCUGAACAGAAAUAAAUCAACUGUGGGGGUGUUUUUCAAAUUUGCCCUUUCCUUGUCCAUUUGUUUUGAUCAGAC